AUGUUGAAGAUCUGGUCUAUGAAACAACAGCAACAGCAGGCUGAAAAUGCCGAGGGCGCAGCAGGGAAGAAGAAGAAGAAGGUCACGGCGGCGCAGCUGCGCGUGCAGCGAGACCUGCAGGAACUCACCCUCGGAAGCACGAUGAAAAUGACCUUCCCCAACCCGGAUGACAUCCUCAACUUCACCCUCACCAUCGAGCCCGACGAGGGCAUGUACAAGGGCGGCGCCUUCCACUUCAGCUUCGUCGUCAACCAGAACUUCCCCCAUGACCCGCCCAAGGUCAAGUGCACCCAGAAAAUCUACCACCCCAACAUCGACCUUGAGGGGAAUGUGUGUCUCAAUAUCCUCCGCGAAGACUGGAAGCCCGUGCUGAAUCUGAAUGCGGUCAUUGUGGGCAUGCAGUUCCUCUUCCUGGAGCCGAAUGCCUCCGACCCUCUGAACAAAGAAGCCGCCGACGAUCUUCGCACGAACCGCGAGGGCUUCAAGCGGAACGUCCGCACCGCGAUGGCCGGUGGGACCGUCCGGGGCAUGCAGUACGAUCGCGUGAUGCGAUGA